GAAGACACUUGUCGCAUCAUUUUAUCCUUGUUUACAUCUAAUGAAUGAUAGAAAACACAAAUAGCGAAUAGCAGCCUCUCCGAACACACCUAUUACCGCGGUGUUGCUACCCAUUGCUACCGUUGCUACGUAUAAGUUAAGUUAGGUUAGGGUUGUACACAAUAUCAGUACACGUGCUACGCGUGUACGCACCACGUCAUUGUUAUUACAGACAAUUACAGAUUGCACUUAUUCGGUACUGGACGAUGAUGAUUAAAAUUUUCUGAAAACGAUUCCAACGAAUCUGUUGCAAAUAUGAGCUUUUCCGUAUAUGAAUCAUAUGUGGCUCUAUGCAACAACGAACGUGUGAUAAUACACGAUGUUGAUAGCGGUACCGAAAACGUGAUAGUCUUGCCCGAUCUGGAGUCGAAGAAGAUAGAUACGCACAACAAUGUGGACAUCGAAACUUAUCACAUGAUAACGUCUUUGAUGUUUUCGAAGGACGGGAAGUAUUUUGCAGUGUGCACGAAUCGCAAGCAACUGUGCCUGUAUGAAACGAGGGGCUCGAAGCUCCUGUCGAAUCGAACGCUUACCAGGGCUGCAAGCAGGGUGAGGUUCUCACCGAACAACGAUAUCGUGAUAGCAGACAAGGCCGGAGACGCCUAUCUGUUUUCCACUAGUUGCCCGACGAAGGCCGGAACCUUGAUCCUGGGACACUUAUCGAUGCUGCUCGACAUACUCAUCACGCAAGAUAUGAGAUACGUCCUAACAACUGACAGGGACGAGAAAAUAAGAGUUUCCAUGUUCCCGAACUGCUACAACAUUGUAUCCUACUGCUUGGGACACGCAAAAUUCGUGACGAAUAUUUCGGAGUUGCCACACAUGAGGAGCAUCCUGGUAUCGUGCGGUGGUGAUGGAGUCUUCAAAUUGUGGGACUAUAAGCAUGGAGGUGAACUAAUGUCUGUAAAUUUUUGUGAUAAGGUACCGAAAUGUGACAUAGAGAAAUUUAAUCAGUAUCUCCGUGACUGUAAUUAUGACGAAUCUGUAGACAUGCUACCUGUCAAGCAUCUUAGAGUAUCUUAUCUUAGUAAAAUAGAAUCUUUAGCUGUAAUAAGUUUUUAUAGUAGCAAGUUACUAUUAGUUUAUAGAAUUAGUGGUGACAAUGAGAUACAGUUACAAGCAAAUUACUUGGAAUCUAUAAUUAUGGAAGCCGAGCCCAUGGAAUUUCUCUUACACAAACAAAAUUUGUGGGUAUUAACAGAUAUAGGAUUGCAGGUAUACAAAUUUGAGAAUGAUAGAUUUGUAAUUCAUGACGCUCUGAAUCCCACAAUUAAACAUCUUGAUGCAUCUUGGCAAAUUUUGAAAAAUACUAUUGUUAAACGAAAUUUGUUCCCAGUUUUAUAUAAGAGAAAAUAUGAUAAUGUGCAAGAAUAUCAAGAGAAGAAAAAGAUUCGUCUUGCAAACAAUAUAGAGUAGAUUAUAAUACAUUUUUAUAAAUAAGUACAAUGGGAUGUUGUGUAGCUCCAUAUAAGAAUGAUGAAUUCUUAAAAGUGAUAUUGUGAGUUUAAAUCCAUAAAUUUCAUAUAUACAAAUUUUGAAUUUGUAAUCUUUAGAUCACAAAGGAACUCUGUAGAUCUAGAUAUAAAUAGUCCCAUACUCUUCCAUUACUAUCAUAAGUACAAUAGUUGUGUACAGUAUUUCAUAAAAUAUGCAAACAUUUGCAAAUCAAAUGAAGGAGAGAAAUAAAGAUAUCUAUAUUUUCUUUUUA